ACUCUGCGCAUGAGUGAGGCCCAAUCUGAGCAACUACGCUGUUUUGAAGCGACGUUUAUUAACUAAUUUACGUUUUUGGAGAUAAAUAACAAAGAGCUGUGUGUUAUGGUCCAGUUAGCUCGUUUUAAAGUUGUUAUUGUCAGUAUUUGGGAGUGUAUAUUUGGUGAGGACUCUACUUAGUUGGACAGUUCAUGAAAAUUUGAAUUAGAAUAAUAAAUGUUUAAUUAUUUCAUUUUCACCCUGGCCUAUUGUAAUUAGUUAGAACAUGCUUCUUAUACUAAUAUGGAGCGUCGUGGCCCUGGCGGCGUUCUACCUGUACUACCGCCAACUAUACUCAAGCCUCCGGCAGCGUGGGCUCAAGCACUUCACGCCGGUCCCACUGCUGGGCAACAUGGCCGGCAUGACGCUGAGAUACGAACACUUCUCAGACUACCUGAAGAGGCUCUAUGAUAGCUUUCCCGAAGAGAGGUUCGUCGGCAACUUCGAGUUCACCAACCCGCUGGUGGUGAUCCGCGACCUGGAGCUGGCCAAGAAGGUGACCAUCAAGGACUUCGAGCACUUCCUCGACCACCGCACAGUGGUGGACGACAAGCUCGAUCCGUUUUGGGGAAGGAAUCUGUUCUCGUUGAAAGGUGACGAAUGGCGUAACAUGCGCGCGACCCUAAGCCCGGCGUUCACCAGCUCCAAGAUCCGCCUGAUGAUUCCCUUCAUGGUGGAGGUGGGGAAUCAGAUGAUCAGCUGCCUCAAGAAGCAGAUUCAGGAGUCUGGAACAAGUUCAAUCGAAGUAGAAGCCAAAGACCUGACGUCGCGCUACGCCAACGACGUGAUCGCGUCGUGCGCCUUCGGGCUGAAGGUGGACUCGCAGGCGCAGCAGGACAACGAGUUCUACAAGAUGGGCAAGGAGGCCUCCACCUUCAAGUUCAGACAGAUAUUAGUUUUCUUCGGGUACAAUUCCUUCCCGAAACUCAUGUCGAAACUGAAAAUAACAGUAUUCAGCCACAGGACGAUGGUGUUCUUCAGGUCGCUGAUAUCGGGCACUAUGCGCGAGCGAGAGGACAAGAACAUCGUGCGCCCGGACAUGAUCCAUCUCUUGCUGGAAGCUAAGAAAGGAAAGUUGACACACGACGACAAAGUGAAAGACACAGAUGCUGGAUUCGCGACAGUAGAGGAGUCAGCAGUGGGCAAGGCGAAGCCUAAAGUUGACUGGUCUCAAGACGACCUCAUAGCUCAGACCAUGGUCUUCCUCAUCGGAGGCUUCGAGACCGUGUCCUCGAGCAUGGCCUUCGCACUUCACGAGCUGGCCAUCAACCCAGAUAUCCAGGAGCGGCUGGUGAAGGAAAUUAAGGAGUACAACGCCAAGAACGGAGGGAAACUCGACUUCAACGAUCUGCAGAAGAUGCCCUAUAUGGAUAUGGUGGUGUCAGAGCUGAUGAGGAUGUGGGGCCCCGGCUUCAUGGUGGACCGGAUCUGCAUCAAGGACUACAACUUGGGGAAACCUAACAAAAACUCCACUGAUGAUUAUAUCAUUCGCCGCGGCGAAGGCCUAGUGAUCCCAGUGUGGGCCCUGCACCGCAGUCCGGAGUUCUACCCGGACCCGGACAAAUUCGAUCCGGAGCGGUUCUCCGAUGAAAACAAGAACAACAUCAAAUCCUUCACGUACCUACCUUUCGGAAUUGGACCCAGAAACUGUAUUGGGUCCAGGUUCGCGCUGUGCGAGAUCAAAGCCAUGCUGUACCAGCUGCUCCUCCACUUCGAGUUAACACCAUGCGCACGCACAUGCGCUCCCAUCCGCCUGUGCAACAGCUCAGUCAAUCUUCGCGCCAAGGGCGGCCACUGGAUGACGUUCAAGGUCCGCGAGUAAACCUUUCUUGAUCUCUGUUCGGACCCAAGCCACACGAGCGUGAGCUUCGUUAAGGGAAUGAUGUGCACGGUCGUGAUCUUCAGGGAUAGGUGUGAUCAUAAACUUAGAAGGAGUGAUGGGGCGUGUCGGCUUGGUUGUUAAGUCUAUUUGAUUGACUGACUGUGUUUUAGCUUGGUCAUCGACCAAGUCAAAAUAAAAGAUUAUGAUUAUUGAACAAUUUAGAUACCGUUCUUGAAGAAACGAGUGGUAGUUUUUACGACAGCUACUUGAUGAUUUUUGAAAUUUUGUAAGAUUAUGACGCACCAGUAAUUUCCACUUUGUUUCAAAAUUAUACGCUCUUAUUCAGAUAUUGAAUCACCCUGAUUCAUAUCCGACUGAUUUCUUUAUCAAA